GCGGGAGCGGCCGGCGUUCGCGGCGUGUCCGUGGAGGGAUCGCUGCGCCUGGGGAGGAGGCGGAGGCAGCGACUGGGAGAGCGAGAGCUGCGACUGCCCUGCCCCGGGCCAAUACUGUAGCCGGGGCAGCCGGAGGGCCGCGCGGCUGCCACGAUGGAGCAGCUAUCAGAUGAAGAAAUUGACCAUGGUGCUGAAGAAGACAGUGACAAGGAAGAUCAGGACCUCGACAAAAUGUUUGGAGCCUGGCUUGGGGAACUAGACAAACUCACUCAGAGUUUGGAUUCUGAUAAGCCCAUGGAACCAGUAAAAAGAUCUCCUCUUCGCCAGGAAACAAACAUGGCCAAUUUUUCUUAUCGUUUCUCCAUAUACAACUUGAAUGAAGCUCUGAAUCAGGGAGAGACUGUGGAUCUGGAUGCCCUAAUGGCCGAUCUUUGCUCUAUAGAGCAGGAGCUCAGCAGUAUUGGCUCAGGAAAUAGUAAGCGACAAAUCACAGAAACAAAAGCUACUCAGAAAUUACCUACUAGCCGACAUACGUCAAAACAUGGCACCUUGAAAGCAUUGUCUUCUUCAUCUAAUCAAAUAACUAAACCUUCCCAUGCCAACUUCUCUCUGGAUGACAUCACUGCACAAUUAGAACAGGCCUCCUUGAGCAUGGAUGAGGCUGCUCAGCAAUCUGUACUAGAAGAUACUAAGCCUGUAGUAACUAAUCAGCACAGAAGAACCGCGUCAGCAGGCACAGUGAGUGAUGCUGAAGUACGUUCUAUUAGUAACUCUUCUCGUUCUAGCAUCACUUCUGCAGCCUCCAGCAUGGACUCUUUGGAUAUUGAUAAAGUAACACGCCCUCAAGAACUGGAUUUGACACAUCAGGGGCAGCCAAUUACUGAGCAUGCUAUUUCUCUGAGAUGUUCCAGCAAGCAGGCCAAGCGUCAUAUUGACUUCACAGAAGAACAGGCUGAGCUGACACCUGAAGAACAGGCAGCAAAAUUGAAAGCUGAGAAGAUCAGAGUUGCCCUAGAGAAAAUUAAAGAGGCACAAGUGAAAAAGCUGGUGAUUAGAGUCCACAUGUCUGAUGACAGUUCCAAAACAAUGAUGGUGGAUGAGAGGCAGACAGUGAGACAAGUGCUGGAUAACCUGAUGGACAAAUCCCACUGUAGUUAUAGUCUAGACUGGUCGCUGGUGGAAACCAUUUCUGAAUUACAAAUGGAGAGAAUCUUUGAAGACCAUGAAAACUUGGUUGAAAAUCUUCUUAAUUGGACAAGAGAUAGCCAAAACAAGCUUAUAUUUAUGGAACGUAUAGAAAAAUAUGCACUUUUCAAAAACCCACAGAAUUAUCUUCUGGGGAAAAAGGAAACAGCUGAGAUGGCAGAUAGAAACAAAGAAGUGCUAUUGGAGGAAUGUUUUUGUGGAAGUUCUGUAACUGUACCGGAAAUUGAAGGAGUCCUUUGGUUGAAAGAUGAUGGCAAGAAGUCUUGGAAAAAGCGUUAUUUUCUCUUGCGAGCCUCUGGUAUCUACUAUGUCCCUAAAGGAAAAGCAAAGGUCUCUCGGGAUCUGGUGUGCUUUCUCCAGCUGGAUCAUGUCAAUGUUUAUUAUGGCCAAGACUAUCGGAACAAAUACAAAGCACCUACGGACUAUUGUCUGGUGCUAAAGCACCCACAGAUCCAGAAGAAAUCUCAGUAUAUCAAAUACCUUUGCUGUGAUGAUGUGAGGACUCUGCAUCAGUGGGUCAACGGGAUCCGCAUCGCAAAGUAUGGGAAGCAGCUCUACAUGAACUAUCAAGAAGCCUUGAAGAGAACAGAGUCAGCUUAUGAUUGGACUUCCUUAUCCAGCUCCAGCAUUAAAUCAGGAUCCAGUUCUUCCAGCAUCCCAGAGUCUCAGUCAAAUCACUCCAAUCAGUCUGACAGUGGAGUUUCCGACACUCAGCCAGCAGGACACAUUCGUUCCCAGAGCAUCGUGAGCUCUAUCUUCUCCGAAGCCUGGAAGCGAGGCACUCAGUUGGAAGAGUCCAACAAGUAAAACAAAUGUAAAGAAUGCCCCCCUUUACCUGCAUUGCUGGACUGUGCAUGUUGGAUGCAAGUGUCUCACCUGAACACAAGUGUGUGUGUCAAGCUCAUUCAUUCCUGUGUGACUGUGCACGCCUGCUCAACAUUUUCAUGCUCUCAUGUGUCAGCUUGCUAGCAUCAAAAAGCUGUCCUCACUCUUCAGGAGGCCCUCUACCAGCACCCUCAAACCCAGUACGGCAUCUGCUUGAUGUGGAUGCAGUCAUGGACGGAAGGUGAACUUGAGCCGUCACAUCUCCCCUUGCCCACGUCCAGCGCUCGGGGCCUUCCACAGAGGCUUCCCUCUUAGGGCAGGGUGUGAGAAAGUCAUACAGCCAAGGUCAGAAAUCAUACAUCCUGUCACCAUCCAGACAGCUUUUGCACUGGGAAGUUUUUCCUAGGUGGUUAGGCAGUCUAGCUAUUCGAGAAUACUGUUGGGUAAAACAAAUUUUCUCUGUGUCCUUGUUGCCCAGAUAAUCAGAUUUUAGCCUUCCUGACGCUGUCCAUCUUUAUGAUCACCACCAGCUGCUGCUUCCUUUUCAUGCAUGUCCCAGACUCCUUGCUUCUUACUUUUACACAAUCAAAGCUUACCUCUGUAACUGUUUUGUUUGUUGUUUUUUUUCUCUCUCCCACCCCCCUUUAUACUCUUUUUAGGCCAGAAUGGAGUCUGUGAAUCGGCCCUACACUUCAC